AGUCUCUGAGACGAGACCGAGUGCCGCGUGGAUCUCUCCUCAAAAGCUGAGCGUCCAGGGAAAGAGCGCGAGGGAGUGUUUGUGAAUAAGAUUUCACGGAAUUCAAAACAUCUCUGAAAAAAAAAAAGAAGCUCGGAGAAGAAAGAACAAUGUCAAGUGCAUUCAUGAGACGAAACUCCAGCAAGGAAGGUUUGCAGAAGCUCUUGAGAGUGACGGCCCAGCGAAGUGUCGAAGAUGCUGAGGAGAUCGAGAGAGAAAGGCGACGUCGGGCCCGGGAGGCUUUCCGCAAUCAACAUAGCCUGUCUAGAUCUGCCGGGUCCCCUCAGGACAGUGUGAACCACCCACCUGAGGCCAGCCUCUACGAAAGCGAACUCAAACCCAGCAGAAAUAUUGCUGUGGAUGAGGAUGAAGGUUUCAGCGAUUGGACCCAGAAGUUGGAACGGAAAAUGCGGCCGAAAAUAGAUGAGAAUGGCAUUGGAGAAGAGUUGCAAGAGAAGGAGAAAAAUGUAAAUCCAAUAUCUAGACAAAGAGAGAAAACCAGCUUCACCACCUCCAAACAGUAUCAGCAAAUUCAGGACAGGGAGGAAGAGGAGAAAAUACCAGAGAUGAGGAGCGCUGAGAGACGAAUGGAGAUCAGUGAAAGGGUGAGCAGUCAAAAACCAGAGGAAUGGCAUGAUGACACGACCGACAGCAAAAGACAACAGGAAAUAAAACCACCAAAGGAGAACAAGAUAAAAGAGGAGAGGAAGGAGGUAAAGGUGUCAUACACAUCUAAAGUCUUCCUACAGCAAGACAGAACAACUAAUGGCAAUGAAGAGGCGUCUGCAGAGGAAAUUACAUCACAUCUUAUCAAAACCAAAAGAUCACCGAGCAGGUCUGUAAAUGCAGAUCAGGCCUUUGAAAGUAAGAAAGACAUGCAUGCCGGUUUGGAGACAGAGCUAAAGCUCGAGAAGAUUAGACAUAGCCACCAAGAAAAGGCGAGCCAGGAAAUGGAGCACCUACAGCAGCGUCAGGCCAAGGCUGAGUUGGAGCUAGAGGAACUGAAAAAGAAGAGAGAGGAACGUCGCAAAGCUCGUGAAGAGGAGGAGCGGAGGAGAGAUGAAGAGGAACAGCAGAAAACAGCCAAACAGGAGGAGGAAAAGAGACAGAUGAAGGAGGACAUUGAGAGGAGGAGGAUGGAAGCGGCAGAGAAGAGAAUGAAGAAUAUAAACAUCACUUCCACAGAUGGUGAUGACCCAUUUAACCCUCUAAACCCAAUCAGUCCAACUUUCAAGAUCACAGAGAGAACAGAAUCACUGAAUCGAUCUUUAAAGAAAAGUAACAGUUUCAAGAAGUCCCAGAGACCCGUCCUCCUGCCUAAGAUUGACGACAAACUGGAACAAUACACGCAUGCAAUCCAGAACUCGUCUAAAGAAGCAAAGAUGACUAAGCCAGUAGUAGUGGAUAUGCCAUGUGUCUCUACUCCGGUGGCCUCCAAAAAAAAUCUGUUUGAAGCAGGAGAGGCCUGGAGUCAAACCAGCCUAAAAGGAACGCCCUCAAAGGAUACAGACAUUGUGAAAGUCGGAGUAGCAACUUUGAUCAACCAUUGGGUGAAAGGAAGUCCAGAAGGCGGGAACAGACACUCCCCUUCCACACCAUCUGAUCUUAAACCUGGAGAUGUUCUGCAGAAAAAGAACAUGUGGGAAAUUAUUGGAGAAGGUUCUGCGGCAGAGAAGCCAGGACUGGGAGGAAAGGGCUCCUCCUCAGGUAAACGGUACAAGUUUGUUGUGACAGGCCAUGGCAAAUACAACAAGAUUUGAAGGUGAUCACUACAGUGUCUACCCAAAUGGAAAACCAAAUGAAUUAUCCAGCGAUGAUUUGUGAGGAAUUUAAUUCAGCAAUAGCAUCUUUCCAGAUUCACCAUGAACAUAUACAUUAACACACACACACACAGCCUAAUAUAUAUAUAUAUAUAUAUAUAUUCAGGGUAGGUUAUUGAUUAUUGGUUUUAAAUCAAAUUUCGAUUUGAUUGUCAUUCAUGGUUAUGAAUUACUUUUUUUCAGUUAAAUAGGUCUAGAAGAAAAAGAGAGAUUCAGAAAGCAGCUAUUGGGUUUUUGUUUUUUGAUUAAUGAAACAUAUGGCAACAGUUUAUUACGUUGCUGUCCCUCAAAGAACAAAUGCACUGAUCUACUAUAUUGUUACACAUCCGAUUUGCUUCCAACUGUCUAUGUUCAUCUAGGACAUAACAGAUUGUGUUUAUAUGAAUACUCCACACAAUGUGCAUUUUGACAUAAUUGUGUGUGUAUGUGACCAUCGGAGCGCAAUAGGCUGUGAAAGAGAACUGAUUGAGAUCGUAAGCAUCUGAGUGCCGCAUGCGAGUCCAUUUUCGCGGCUUAUUGUAAUUAAUAACACUAAUAUGUCAAUAGCUUUAAGUACAGCAAAGUUUAAGUAAUGUACCACACUAGAAUAUGGAUUUUUUAAAUUUGUGAAUCGAUGCAAAUCGGCAGAAGAUAGAAUUGCGAGUCAUAUGUGAAUCAAAUCCCACCCCCACCCAAAUAAGGAAGAAACAAUUGCAAUGUAUGUAUACAAUGUAUGUGCUUAUCUGUCUUUGAUUUUAGAUGAUUGCUUAUUUUUUUAAAGUUCUAAUGUCAAGGCUUUGGAUUGUUUUCUUAAAAUCUAUUUGUCAUACGAUGUAAAGCAAAAAAAAAAAAAAAUUAUUCUCUUAUUAAAUUUUUUUUUCCUCAGUAUUUUUCUGCAGUAUUUGUGCUGAUAUUAUGUCCACUUUUAACAAUGUAUGAGUGUGAACUGAAUGUGAACGUCAAACAGAUAGAUACAAUUUUUGUCAACUACGUUUUUAUAUUGAUUUUAUAUGCUAUUUUUAUACUCUGACACAUUGUUACAUUUAUAUAGUAUAUUAAUAGUAGAAUAAUCCAAAAACUUUCCAAAUUCCGGCAGCUGAUUUGUAUGCCUUAUAAGUCAUUAGCAAUCUUUGUGUUAUAUUUCAUUACAAAUAUGACAUUGAUUUUCUUACCUCUCUGCUAUUGUUCAUCGUUUUGCAUUACAUAAUUGACUACACUCUUUGGUUUUCAAGAAAACACUGGAAUUAGUCCAUUUAUCAGAUUUAUAAUAUUAAUAUAAUCCUGUUUGUUUAGUUAUGAACUUUUUUCUACCCAAUGGUGUCAUGGUUAAAAAAAGAAUGUGAUUUAUAGUCCAUUAACGUUUUUAUUUUCAAUAAACUUGAUAUUUUGUAUGAUU